AUGUUCCGCCACGGAUUGAGGUCUUCCGCGGGCCUUGCCCGCCGAGUCCUGCCCCGGGCGACUGUCACUCUUGGGCGUUACCAACACAUCGCUGCGCAGACGAAUCGCCCUGCGAUACAGGCAGUUCCAUCAUGGAAUGCCUUGACCCAACUCGCGCGCCUCUACAGCAGUGAUGCCGCUGCGCCCGCCGCCGAAUCGUCUGCCGGAGAACAAGAUGCCUCCAAGCAGACCGACGAAUGGACUAAAGAGUUUUCGAGCCUGGCCGAAGAGGGUGUCAAUGAGACCCUGCUACGUGCCAUUACAAAAGACCUGGGCUACCGGACCAUGAGUCCUGUGCAGGCCAAAACGAUUGCGCCAGCUCUCAAGGGCACUGACAUCGUCGCGCAAGCCAAGACCGGAACUGGUAAGACAAUUGCCUUCCUCCUACCGCUCCUACAGCGCAUGAUCAACGAGGACCCGACCUUGGCGACAAGGUCUGCGAAAUAUGAGGCACGUCCCGAUGACAUCCGCGGCAUUGUCAUGUCUCCCACGCGUGAGCUGGCAGAGCAGAUUGCAGAAGAGGCGCGCCGCCUCGUUCGUCACACCGGUCUGGUCGUCCAGUCUGCCGUCGGCGGCACGCAGAAGAACAGAAUGUUGUACAAGACACGCCGUGAGGGAUGCCAUCUCCUGGUAGCCACACCCGGUCGUUUACAUGAUCUGCUCUCCGACCCGGAGAGCGGUAUUCAAGCCCCAAAUCUGGCUGCCAUGGUGCUUGAUGAAGCUGAUCGCAUGCUCGACGUCGGCUUCGAGCGUGAACUGAACGACAUCAUUAAACUCCUCCCUCGGGAUAAGGUGCGCCAAACGAUGUUGGUCUCGGCCACGAUCCCUGACUCGGUUAUUCGCCUCACGCGAAACAUGGUUCGCGCCGACGACUUCCAGUUUGUGCAAACAAUUGCCGAGUCGGAGUCUUUGACUCAUGAGCACGUGCCACAGAACGUUGUCACUGUCUCGCACAUAAAUAAUAUCUUGCCCGCCCUGUUCGAGCUCAUCGGCAAGGGGCUCGCGGAAUCCAAAGAAAACCCUGACAAGAAACCUUUCAAGGCCAUUGUUUACCUCAACACGACGGCUAUGACCCAGCUCGCAGGAGAGAUGGGUUUUGCGAAGAACCGUGACCGCACCUUCGUCCGCAACUUUUCCAUCCACUCCGGUCUGACCCAGCAGGCUCGCACCAGAGCUGCGGAAAACUUCCGCAGGUCACAGUCUGCUGUCCUGUUCUCAUCCGACGUCACUGCUCGUGGUAUGGACUUCCCGGACGUUACCCACGUCAUUCAAGUCGAUUGCCCACGCGAUCGCGAGACAUAUAUCCAUCGUCUUGGCCGCACUGCUCGACAGAAGAAGGACGGCGAAGGCUGGCUUCUCCUGCCUGCUACGAGUCGCCCUAGAGCCCGUUCUUUGCUCGGUGGAUUGCCCCUCAAGCCUAGUACUGCACUAGAAACUGCCUCAUUUGACAUAAACUCGGACACCAACCCACCAGAUGCCAUGGCCGAGACUAAAAAGUUGUAUUCCCAAGUGCCAUCGCGCCUGCUCGAGGAAGCCUACCGUGUUACCAUCUUCGGUUCUACUGAGAGGCACGCCCGUGAUGAUGUUGUCGAUCAGAUGAACGAAUGGGCUACUCACGGUUGGGGUUGGCAAAGCCCCCCCACCGUGUCCAAGGCUAAAGCUGACAGAAAUGGCUUUGGCCGUACCAAUCUCAACUUUGGUCCCGAGUCAUCUUCAUCUGACUCUCGUGGCCGUUCGGAUCGUUUUUCGGAUCGACGUGACAAUCGGGGUUUCGACAGAGACUCCAGGCGCAGCAGCGACCCAUUCGACAAUAUGAAGGAGAACGCCAGGAGAAGCGAUUUCGGCGGCCGAGGUGAUGCUGGCGGCCGCGGCGGUUUCUCUCGAGGUGGCUCACGCAGUGGCAACCGAGGUGGCAACCGCGGUGGCUUCCGCCGUAACUCGGACAGAGGAUCGCGAGAUUCGUCGUGGUAG